AUGUCUUCAUUGAAACAAUUGAAAGAGAAUUUUGUUUCAGAUUUGACGGGGGGAUCGAUUGAGGAAAUUUAUUUGGUGACAUCGGUGGCAUUAACAUCAUAUUUAGCAUACAAGUUCAUCAAGGAUUCAAUCAUUCAAUUGCCUUUGGUUUAUGACUAUGUGAUUAAUGUACUAACUAUACUAACAGCCAUUACAAUCUAUAGCAACAAUCCAACAUUCCUACAUUACUCAAUAUUCCUUCCAUCUUUGCUCGUCUAUUUAUUAAACCAUUACACAACUGAAAACAAACAAAGGCACCACCAUCGACAAUCGAAUAAAACAAAUGAUACACUUUUGACUAGAAAACAGUUUCUCACUGCUUAUAGGUCACACAUGUUGAUCAUCACCAAUUUAGCUAUAUUGGCAGUUGAUUUUAAAAUUUUCCCUAGGAGAUUCGCAAAAGUAGAAACAUGGGGCACAUCAAUGAUGGAUUUGGGAGUGGGGUCUUUUGUAUAUUCAAUGGGAUUAGUAAAUUCGAGGCAAUUGAUUAAAGCGCAUUCUCAGUAUAAGUUCAGCUGGAAAGCCUACUUGAAAAUUAUCAAACAAAGUACGACUAAGGCAUUCCCUUUGUUAGUAUUGGGCUUCGCCAGAUUCGUCAGUGUGAAGCAACUAGAGUAUCAAGAACAUGUUACUGAGUAUGGUAUUCACUGGAAUUUUUUCAUAACUUUAGGAUUGUUGCCUGUUUUAUUAGGAGUCUUGGACCCAUUUCUCACCAUUUUACCGAGGGUAGUGGUUGCAUUUAUAUUUAUCGCAUUAAAUGAGUUAUUAUUGAAGAGGACUAAUGUGCUUCAGGUCAUUUUGUCUGGCGAAAACAGAAUGAAUAACUUCAUAACAAUGAACAAGGAAGGUAUCUACUCAUUUUUGGGAUACUUUACUAUAUUCAUCUUUGGUCAAUCAUUUGGAUCGUUUGUUUUAACUGAAUAUCCUACCAGGAAUAACUUGAUUUCCAUAAGUAAAACUAAAGCAUUCCGGAAAAACUCCAAUCUUAUAACAGUAACCACCACACAGGGCUUGAUCAUAGCCACUGUGUUUUAUCAAGCAUUGUUCACUAUUGUUAAUAAUUCCAACUAUUUCACAAGCAUUUCAAGAAGGUUGGCCAAUGCAUCGUACGUUUUGUGGGUGGUAUCCUACAAUGCUACAUUCUUGUUGGGGUAUAACUUAAUAGACAGAUUGUUACCGGUGCAAACUAAAGUAGCUUCAAAUUUAUUAGAGGGAGUUAAUAAUAACGGGUUGCUCGCAUUUUUGUUGGGCAAUCUCUUGACCGGAUUGAUAAAUAUGCUAAUCAACACAUUAGAAGUAUCUAAUACGGUCGCAUUUUUGAUUUUAAUCGGAUAUAGUGCUGCGUGGAUAUCCAUAGUGGUCAUAUUGAAUCACAAGCACAUUUAUAUCAAGCUAUAA